AGUACAGAGAGCACAAAAAAAAAGAGAAAGAAGAAGAAGCAUCACUAAUGGGGUCCAAUAAAAAUACUCAACAUUCCACAAAUACACAUACCAAAGAACCUUCACAACCAGAUGAAAGAUACCCAAUAGAAGAAGUAGCUCUAGUUGUACCUGAAACAGAUGAUCCAUCUCUUCCUGUCAUGACGUUUAGAGCUUGGUUUUUGGGUAUUACUUCAUGUACACUACUCAUUUUUCUGAACACGUUUUUCACAUAUCGAACGCAACCACUAACGAUAUCAUCGAUCUUAAUGCAAAUUGGUGUUUUACCACUUGGUAAAUUCAUGGCUUCUACUUUACCCACAAGAGAGUAUAAGGUUUUUGGUAAAGGGUUUAGUUUGAAUCCCGGACCUUUCAAUAUGAAAGAACAUGUUAUUAUCACUAUAUUUGCUAACUGUGGAGUGUCUUAUGGUGGUGGUGAUGCUUAUUCUAUUGGUGCUAUUACUAUUAUGAAAGGGUUUUAUAAACAAAGCUUGAACUUUCUGUGUGCUCUCCUUGUUGUCUUGUCUACACAGAUAUUGGGGUAUGGAUGGGCUGGAAUGCUCAGAAAAUAUCUGGUUGAUCCAGCUGAAAUGUGGUGGCCUUCAAACCUUGCUCAAGUUUCUCUAUUCAGAGCGCUUCAUGAGAAGGAUUCGAAAUCGAAAAGCCUUACUCGAAUGCAGUUCUUUUUCAUCUUCAUGACAGCAAGUUUUGUCUACUACGCUUUACCGGGUUAUCUAUUCCCAAUCUUGACAUUCUUCUCCUGGGUAUGUUGGGUUUGGCCUCACAGUAUUACAGCUCAACAAAUUGGUUCAGGUUAUCACGGUCUCGGUGUGGGUGCAUUCACACUCGAUUGGGCGGGAAUCUCAGCAUACCAUGGAAGUCCAUUAAUAGCACCCUGGUAUUCGAUCUUGAACAUAGCUGUUGGAUUUAUCAUGUUUAUCUACAUAAUUGUUCCACUUUGUUACUGGAAGUUCAACACAUUUGAUGCUCGAAAGUUCCCAAUGUUUUCGAAUAAACUCUUCACUUCAACCGGUCACAUUUACGACACUACCAAGAUUUUGACCCCUCAGUAUGAUCUGAAUAUCGCUGCGUACGACAAUUAUGGGAAGCUUUACCUGAGUCCUCUAUUUGCUCUCUCCAUUGGAUCCGGGUUUGCUAGGAUUGCAGCAACCAUGACUCAUGUGGCACUUUUUCAUGGCAGGGAUAUCUUGAAACGGAGCAAGUCGGCUAUGAAAGAUGCCAAACUCGAUAUCCAUGCCAGAUUGAUGAAGAAUUACAAAGAUGUUCCUCAGUGGUGGUUCCUCAUCUUAUUAGUAGUCAGCAUGGCAUUUGCUUUGUUAACGUCUUUCGUAUGGAAAAAAGAUAUUCAGCUUCCAUGGUGGGGGAUGCUCUUUGCUUUUUCCUUGGCGUGGAUUGUUACUCUCCCUAUUGGGGUUAUUGAAGCAACUACAAAUCAAAGACUUGGAUACGAUAUCAUAGCGGAAUUCAUGAUUGGAUAUGUGCUGCCUGGAAAGCCUAUUGCGAAUCUCCUUUUCAAGAUUUAUGGUCGAAUAAGCACUGUCCACGCGCUGUCUUUUUUAGCGGACCUGAAACUUGGUCAUUACAUGAAAAUCCCACCAAGAUGCAUGUUCACAGCUCAGCUUGUUGGAACACUACUUUCCGGAACAGUGAACCUGGCAGUUGCAUGGUGGAUGCUAGAGAACAUCGAGAACCUUUGUGACGUUGAAGCACUUCAUCCUGAUAGUCCAUGGACUUGCCCAAAAUACCGUGUAACCUUUGACGCUUCGGUGAUUUGGGGUUUGAUUGGACCAAGGAGAUUAUUUGGAGCAGGAUCAAUGUAUAGGAAUUUGGUCUGGUUAUUUCUAGUAGGAGCUAUUCUGCCAGUACCGGUUUGGGUUAUGAGCAAAAUCUUCCCAGAGAAAAAAUGGAUUCCAUUAAUCAACAUUCCCGUUAUCUCAUACGGCUUUGCAGGAAUGCCUCCUGCCACUCCAACAAAUAUAGCUAGUUGGCUUGUCACAGGCACCAUAUUUAACUACUUUGUCUUUGUUUACCGGAAAAGAUGGUGGCAAAAAUACAACUACGUUUUAUCAGCUGCACUCGAUGCAGGGACGGCAUUCAUGGGUGUCCUCUUGUUCUUCACUCUUCAAAACACGCAUCAUAAUCUGAAAUGGUGGGGAACUCACCCGGAUCAUUGUCCAUUAGCAACUUGUCCAACUGAACCAGGUAUUUCCGUUAAAGGAUGCCCAGUUUUUUAACGAGGCACGGAUAAAUCCCCAAGAAUUUGCAAGAAUAGGAUGCUCUGAAGCAUGGAGUUGAGCUGGUUUCUACUAUUAAUAAUAAAGUCUUAUUCUUACUUGAAAUGUUCUGGUAUAAUCCAGAUCUUCAGGUUAGAUUAAUGUAGGAACCAUCCUCCAGUAGGAUACAUUCAUGUCCUCUCUAUGGUAGGUCGAGGUUGUCCCUCAUGCAUGCGAGCAUAUGUCCUAGUGGGUUUGGGCGGGCUCCGAAGGCAGUGAGUCCGGCCCUAAUGGCUGGGAUAUGUUUGCCCCAGAAAAUGUUGUAUAUGUAUGUGACUCUUCUAUUUAACAUAACGGCUUUUCUAGAGUGCCACUGUGUCAGUGCAACCAGAUUUGCUCGA